AUGAUGAACAGCGAACCAAUGAACUCUCCGGUCCUCUCCCUCGACGACGCCAUCGCGCUCAUCGACUUGAACCCAAACGACCUCCUGUCCUUCUUUGAACAGGAGCCGCUGAGCUUCAACGAGUGUCAAGAGUCCUUCAACGUCUUUCAGCUCGAGGACAGCACGUCAGGUUUUCUUCCUGCAGCAAGCCAAGAAAUUGCUCAGAUCGCGUCAAGACCUCCAAGGCGAAAGAGGGGCGGAAGGCCAAUGAAGUACAGCAGGCAAGCCUGCGUCGGCUGCAGGAUGAAGAAGCAGAAGUGCGAGGACGGCAGGCCGUGUCAUCGGUGCAUCAACUCAAGGAAGCAAUGCGUUGAUGACAAUUAUCACGUGAAGUCCACGGUCAUCGGGAGCAGCGAUCAGGCUUCAGAUGGCUCCGAGUAUUUGAUUCUGUAA